UCUUAUGUAUAUUUAAUUAAAUACUUAAUAAUUAAAAUCGUUUUGUAAAUUAAACAUUAUUUGAUUUAUUUGACAGUAACAAACUGACAAGAAACCAGCGAUAGAGAUAGCACAAAAACCAAAUUCAAUUCUUUGUCAUCUUAAUAUUUAUCUGUCAAAUGAGUAUUUUAAAUGGAAAAAUAAGAUAUUUAAUUUGCAUAAACCAAGUAAUUAAGUGUUACACAGUGAACAACCAAAGUUAUAGUAAAAAAGAUCACUACAGUUUUUAUCAAACUAGCACUUAAACCAUUCAAGUGGUGUUGUUUUUCAAUCUACAAAUGUAUUAUUACAGUAUUGUUUUUUAUUCAAAUUUUAGAUUUCUUUACAUUGUUGCUUAAAAUAAUGAAACCAUACAGUACGUGACGACACAUUUCUGUUCUUUUUUUCGCUAAACAACAAUAAAACUCUUCUUAAAUGUUAACUUUAUGUCACAACUAUUUUCAAGUAACUCCUAAUUCUAAGAACAAUAAAGAUGUUGUCCAGCAUCAGAGUAAAAAGAAGUUUGUGUUUGGUGUUUUUAUUUUAUUCUUAGUUUCUGUUUUAUGGGUGGUUUCUUCAGAAUUCACAAAGUAUCUGUACAUUGAGAAGAAAAUUGAAAGGCCCUUUCUAGUCUCAUAUAUCCGUUGUUCGCUAUUAUUCAUCUAUCUGAUUGUAUUAUGCUUCUCUCCACCUACAAGAGACCCAUGUCGACCAGCGGACUACACACAAUUACUGGAGCCCACAGCUGAAACAGAUGAUGAAAAUUAUUACAAUGAAGCUACAAGUAGUUUGGGAGACUCUACCUUUGUGCCGGUCAGAGCUGGUGAAACCACAGAUAGUGAUGAUGCAGCCCCCAGAGCAGUGCGAUUCAACAAAGUUGCAGAGGUGCGCGUGAUGUCUGCGGCGAUGGCGGGCGAGGCGCUGCUGGCGCGGCUGUCGUGGUCGGCGUCGCUGCGCGCCUCCGAGCACGCGCAGCGCCGCGCCGCCGCCGCCGCCACCAAGCGACACAUACGCCUCGCACUGCUCUUCUCUAUCCCCUGGUUCAUAUCGAACUACCUGUACCGGGUGAGCUUGGCGCACACGUCGGCGAGCUCGGCCAGCACGUACACGGCGGCGGCGAGCGCGCUGGCGCUGGCGCUGGGCGCGCUGCCGCCGCCGCUGCCCGCACACCGCCUCGACCUCUCCAAGGCCCUCGCGGUCCUCUGCACUGCCGCCGGACUCGUGGUGCUGGGGUGGUCGGAGAGCCAGUCGGGCAGCUGGGCCGGCAGCGGCGCGGGCGCGGCCUCCGCGCUGGCCGCCGCGCUCUGCUACGCCGUGCACCUCCUCCUCUUCCGACACCACCUGAGGAAAGGGGACGGCAUCAACUCUGUGCUGCUCAUAGGUGAUUACAACAGAUUUACAUAA